AUGGCUGAUCAAAAAUUAACAGUUGUAACUGAACUGCAUAAACAAGCUAGAAGAAAUUAUCCUCGUCGAAAAGUUCAAAUGCGUGGCAUCGAUGAAACCUGUAAUUUGAAAGCCUCAAUUGUUGAAAGAUUUAACCGCACUCUAAAAAAUAUGAUGUGGCCUGAAUUCAACUUACAAGGCAAUUAUAAAUGGAUUAAUCUUUUACCAACUCUCAUGUCAAAGUACAAUAAUAAAAAGCAUCGUACUAUUGGUAUGAAACCCAAAGAUGUCACCGUAGAAGAUACAAGAGAACUGUUGAGACGUAUCCGUAAACUACGUAGAAUUCCGCUGAAAAGAUCAAAAUUCAAAGUUGGAGACAGAGUUCGAGUUAGCAAGUUUAAGAAUAUCUUUGAAAAAGGAUAUACUCCCAACUGGACAACGGAAAUAUUCACCGUGGAUAAAGUUAAAUCAACAAAACCAGUUACAUACAAGCUGAAAGAUUACCAAAAUCAACCCAUCGAAGGUGGUUUCUACGAAGAAGAAUUGCUGAAAGUCCAAUAUCCAGAUGUUUACCUUGUAGAAAAAGUUCUCAAGACUCGUGGUAAUGAUGUAUACGUGAAAUGGCUUGGAUUCGAUAGCUCACAUAAUAGUUGGAUAAAAAAAUCUGAUAUGUAA